AUGGAGACCAAUCCGCAGCUUCAGGCUGGCAAAGGACUGUGGAGUUGUCCCAGAGCCAGCCAGUACAGCAAGGAGACCCAGGAAAUGCUCAGAAUAAUGAUGCAGGAGUCAAAGCUCACCAACUUCCAGCAAAGACAGAUCAAGGACUGUCUGAACAAGGGAGCUGCUUUGCCAGUGAAUUGUGAUGUCAGGUCCAGGGCUCGUCCCCCUCGGCCUGCAGAGGGGCUCAUCCCGUGUGGGCUGAAGGGUCUGCCGGCCAGGCCGCAGAGACGCAGCGCUGAGAGCUGUCGUUCUGGGGACGGCUACAGCAGAGAGAGGUUUCACCCCCGUCCGACACGAGAUUUAGAGGAAGAAAAAAGGAGGUUACAGUAUAUCAUGUCCAAUGGAAAGGAAAAGCCCAAACCGAAACCACCCGAGAGAGCUCCACCACAUCAGAUACCAGAUGCAGUGGAGAGAGACAGGUUCCAGGAAGUUCUGGAUGAGAUAGAGGAGAGGAGGAUAUUUCUGGAAGAUAUGACUGCUCUGGGUCAGGGGAAACACUAUCACAACCUCAUUAACAGUGAGAUAUCACAGAGAAUUCGGGAGCUGGAGUUGAUGGACGAGUCCCGCAGCGCUGAGCUGAGGGCUACGUUGAUGCCAGAGAGCAAGAUGGCGACGAGGGCUGAAGAGAAGACGGGAGGACAGGAUCAAAAGAGAUAA